UCUGCCAUUGACUAUUUUUCCUCAUUGAAAAACUAUGUAGUUAGAAGAGGCCACAAUUCAGAUUUUUUUUCAUUACAUUACCAACUACAUCCUUAUUUUAUUUGAUUUUAAUUUUGAAGGUAUUUAAGUCUAUUUAAGUGGGUUUUAUGUUAUUUUUGAAAGAUUUUAGAAAAAGUGACAUUUAUGACAUUUCUGAAAGCUCCACCCAUCGCUACCAAAAGCUUCCCAUAAUCCCACGACCACCACCUUCUCAAAUCCCAUCCUCUCCAAUCCUUACGGGGACGGCACAAACCCCGAAACCAAACAAGCCCCAUUCUCCAAAUCCCACAACAAUGGAGUCCAUCGGCGUCCUCAUGCCGAUCCCCAUGUCCUCCUACUUGGAGCAGGAGCUUGAGAAGCGCUUCAACCUCCUCAAGCCCUGGACUGUCCCCCACAAAACCCAGUUCAUCAAGGACCACUCCACCUCCAUCCGCGCCAUCGUCGGCAACGCCUCCGCCGGAGCCGACGCCGAGCUCAUCGCCGCUCUGCCGAAGCUGGAGAUUAUUUCCAGUUUCAGCGUCGGAAUCGAUAAGGUCGAUUUGAAGACGUGUAAGGAAAAGGGUAUUCGGGUCACCAACACGCCCGACGUUUUGACUGAUGACGUGGCGGACCUUGCUAUUGGGCUGACGUUGGCGGUGCUGAGACGGCUCUGUGAGAGUGAACGGUAUGUGAGGAGUGGGCAGUGGAAGAAGGGCGGCUACAAGUUGACCACCAAGUUCACCGGGAAAACUGUUGGGAUCAUCGGUCUCGGAAGAAUUGGCAAAGCAGUUGCGAAGAGAUCCGAGGCUUUUAGUUGCCCAAUUGCUUACUUUUCCAGGACAGAAAAGCCAGAUUCGAAGUUCAAAUACUACCCAACUGUCGUGGAGUUGGCCGCCAACUGCCAUGUUUUAGUUGUUGCAUGCCCCUUAACCGAAGAGACCCGCCACAUUAUCAACCGCCAAGUCAUUAAUGCUUUGGGACCAAGGGGUGUUCUCAUCAACAUUGGGAGAGGUCCUCAUGUUGACGAAGCUGAGUUGGUAUCUGCUCUGGUAGAAGGCCGGUUAGGUGGGGCGGGGCUUGAUGUCUAUGAGAAGGAACCCCACGUACCCGAGCAGCUGUUCGCUCUCGAGAAUGUGGUCCUCUUGCCUCAUGUCGGAAGCGGCACGGUAGAAACUCGCAAUGCCAUGGCUGACCUUGUGGUUGGGAAUCUUGAGGCUCACUUCUUGAAGAAACCAUUGUUGACACCAGUGGCCUAAUAGCUUUAAGCAUCUGGGCAUGAUGACCAGUGGAUACAUAGUUUCAUCCGCUGCCACAGAUGCCUUUGUUCAAUAAUUGUUUUUGUCAAUCCAAAAAAGGAUCGUUGUUUCUAGAAUUUCGGAAAUGUUCUUGUUGAAACUGUUGAUUGAUGAUAUUUUCUGGUUAAUUCUUCAUAAAAAUCCUUGUGUUUUAAUGA